AUGUCGCGGCCUCUCUCGUAUGACGUCCGCUCCCCCCGAUCGCCCCGCCCCAAAUCAAUGCAUGCGUACAGCUCACCAUCCACUCGCCAACUCUCCCCCUACCUCCCGCCCAUGCCCGUCCCUUCCCCUUCGCACCGCCCGCCCAACCCGCGACGACACACCCUCGGUCGUCCGCUGCGUUCCAGCCCGCUCGCGGGACCCGCCUUGGUGUCUCCCGAUAACCAGGACUAUGAUGCCGAAGACCAGGACGGGGACCGGAAGAGUCUCAGGAAACGCAUAGCGAGUGUCGGCGAUCUACUUGGGAAGGGCAGGGGGAAGCACGAUGAGGGGGAGAGGGAAGGAGAUGAGGAGCACAAACAGACCUCAUCUUCCGGCUCGCAUACGAGCACUACCGCUUCGCGCCCGGGCUCGUCAAGCGGUUCGCCCACCUCUACCUCAUCCUCGUAUACCACCACCACCACAUCGAUUUCGCUGACCUCCCUCUCCUCGCAUGAUCACUCAUCCGAAUCUAUAACGACCUCUAAACUCGGGAAGCGAAUCAGCUUUGCAAGCCUCCCCACGACCGUCAAGUCCAAAGGAAAGGAGAAAGAGGUCCCGGACGUACCUGCCCUACCCGAGUGGGCGCGGUCGUCCUCCGCGACGAAUGCACACAUACACAGCAACAGGGACAGGCCGGCGAACCACCGGUUCUCGUCGUUACCUUCAAGGAACGGGGCGUCUCCUCUCUCAUCCACACCUAUGAACGCUCGUCCCUCGUCCUCUCACUCUAAGUUCCCAUCCGCCACCCAAGCGCGUGAAAGAGUGCCCAGUACCUCGUCUGCCAACGCAGACUGGCUCCUCUCGAAUCCGUACGAAUCGAUUCCCCGGUUUUCCCGCCUCGGCCUCGCGCGCACCGGCGUCGUCAUGCCCGUGAAGAAGGCGAGCGCGGAGGGGCUGCGGGUGCGACGUGCGAGCACUCUGAGCAUGCGGAGUGCCGCUGGGGGAAGGACCGAAGAAGAUGGGGAAUGCAACAGGGAGGGAAGAGGAAGAGAGAGAGCGGGCCUGCCGACGCUGACAGUCACCCCGCCCGAAGUCGAGUCCGGCGCGGCGCUCGCCAGGUCCGCGUCCAAUACCUCGCGGACGUCCGAGGUGAGCGGCAGCACCGGCAGCCUCGGGAGUGCGGUGAGUCUGGGCAGCGCCGCGAGCGGGAGCGUCAGCUCGCUGGGGAGCACGCAGAGCGAGCCGACGACGCUCGGGUAUGGCGAGGGGGAGGGAGGGAAGUUGGUCGGUUGGGUGAGGAGGAAGAUCGGGCGCGCCGCCUCUGCGUCGCCUGCUCCUGCGGCUGCGGCUUCCGAACCUCCUCCCGUGACCCCUCCCGCUAUCCCACCCGCUGCGUUGGUCCGUGAGAGGAAGGACAGCGAAGUGAGGCGGGUGAGAGGGCGGGAGGAGGCGCUCGCCGCGCUGGAAGGUGCCCGCCGGACACUCCCACCCGUACCCGCGGUAUCAGACUUGGGCAGGACGCGCGACUCGGACAAAGCAACCCUCCAAGGGGACGCAGAAGCUCGGAUCGCGAAUGUACGGAGGACGCGAUCCGAGAAGGCGUUCUCGGUCGUGCGCGGGGCGCGCGGGGAAGUCGAGUUUGCCAAGACCGAGAUAAUUGUGCAGGUGGCGCAGACGGAGAAGGGGAAAGGGGGAUGUGAGACUCAGACGUCGUCUCGAUGGUCGUUCCUCACAAGCCAGGUGUGGCCACGAAAUAUCUCUUCGCGCUUCAAUCCUGCUACCAGCUCUUCGUGGCCAGCGUCUUCGAAUACUGCGCUGACUCGACAUCCGGAUCGGGUUGCAAUUCAUGUUCCUCUCGAUCUCGUGAAGCGGAUUAGACACCCCGGACAUGUUGGCGACUCGGCAGCACGCCGCGUGGAGGCGCAGGGAUGCACACGGAGAUGUUUGAAAUUAUGGCGAAGAGGACGAGGACUUGAAUCGAAAAGCAGGGGCAUCAGGACGAUGAGAGGGUUCGAAAGCCCGACGGAGCGCGAGGGCCUCGCUUUGUUAACGCACUCCCCCUUAAAUUCUUGCUACUCGGCUUCGAGUAUGCAAUAUUUUUCGUCAGGCUUCUGCUGGCUUCUGCCCACUGUGACUGGUGCAGAGCAGGGUGUGGCAGAGCAACCCCUGUGGCGCCGCCGGUCGGACGCGAUCACUCUAUCGUCGAAGCUUGGGACCACAGAACAGGAGCUGAGAGAACGGCCGACAGAGUGCCAGGAUAUGAAGCUAGGCUGGAUCACUUCUGUUGGAGGAUUCCAAUGCGAGACAGGCAUGUGCACCGACACAACUGCCAGCUGGACGCGGCAGGGAUGGCCAACCAUAGCCAGGCACGUCUUCUCGUUUCGAUCCCGACGCACAGCAUAUGAGCUGGUGUCUUUAACGCGCAAGCAACCAGCUGAACGUACACAAGCCUUCGGGAACGCGAAGGAAUCGACGAAGGGUGCUCGCUGGGCCUCAAAACCGAAAAUCUUGCACUAA